ACUGAAUCGGUGUUCGGUCCUGGCUGGCAGAAGCGUGGCCAGCUGGCCAGCUGUUGAGACCCAUGGCGUUGACGUUGCUGUUGGCCAAGUUGCUUCCAGGAGCCCUGGGGAUCGACAAUGGCCUUGGUCUUACACCUCCACGUGGAUGGAGAUCCUGGAACAGCUUCGAUUGCUUGGAGCCCUCGAGGAUCUUGACUCAAGAACACAUGAUCGCCCAGAUGGAUGCGGUCCUCGACCAGUCCCGCUCGGUGGAUGGAAAGCCCACCAGCCUGGCCCAGCUGGGAUUCGAUUGGAUCAGCAUGGAUGAUGGCUGGCAGCGGUGCAACUGCAGCGUGCGCCAGGAUUUGGAUCCAACGCUCCCCACGUGCGACGGCAACCUUUGCUUCGGAGGUCACUGUUCCUGGCACGACGCGUCGGGACGCCCCAGGGUGCGGCCUGACCGGUUUCCUGACAUGAAGAAGCUCGUGGACUAUGGCCAUGCGCGGCAGUUGAAAGUUGGCACUUACCUCAACAACUGCAUUUGUAAUGAGCAUGGUGAGCCGCACUACGAGGAAGACGUCGCCUGGAUGGUCCAUGAGAUGGGCUUCGAUGGAGUGAAGAUCGACAAUUGUGGGAGCUCCACCAACGUGACACACUGGGCGGAGCUCAUCAACCGGACGGGCAAGGCCCUACGCAUUGAAAAUUGCCACAACUCCUGGCCCGACUUCAAGACCGGCGUUUGCCCCAUGAACUUCUUUCGCACAGGUGGAGACAUCUCCGCCGACAUCAGCUCCAUCCUCAACGAAGCGUAUGCCACGGUCGACGCGGCCGAUUUGCCUGAGCCCCGCUCGGGCCCGGGGUGCUGGGCCUAUCCUGACAUGAGUGAGGUUGGUAACUUUGCGCCGGGUCCUUCACGCGAUGAUCAAGAAAGAACACAUUGGGGGUUGUGGUCGAUCAUCUCCUCGCCUUUGAUUCUGGGGUUUGAUCUGAACGACUCCCAGACCAUGGAGAGAGUUUGGCCCAUCAUCACCAACACUGAUGCCCUUCGCGUCUCUGACACCUGGGCCGGGCAUCCGGGCACCUUGAUUCAAAGCUACCCCUCCACGCGCGAUGCGCUUGCAGUGGUACAGGGCCCAUGUGAUGGCUCAGUGGAGUCCACGAAGUGGAGCUUCCAAGGAGGACAGCUCCGGACUCCUCUUCGUGGAACUGGGCCCACCUGCCUGACGACCCAAUCGGUGCCCUGCCCACCGCCCACCACGGCAUUUCCACAUGUGCAGUGCGGACUGGCCGCGCGGAACUGUAGCGAGUUGCCCUCAGGGGACUGGACUUUGUCUGGUGGCCGGAUCCAGUGGAAUGACCACCAUAGCCAGUUGAGCUGCCUGUAUGCCAAUCCCAUAGAUUUCAACACAUCGACCGGAUACUUCACCCGGAAGGCUGCCACGGUGGGUGUCUCUGCUUGCGCGGACGGUCCGCGCGGACCGUCGCCCUGGGCACAUCACAUCUCCGAGGGCGCCUCUCCUCUCCGCGACUUGGCGCCGGUGCCCAGGAGAGCGGCUUCUGCCGGAGAACGCUCGUUGACCUCGGACAAGAGGAAGUUCUCGUUGACCUCCAAAGGCGAGCUGAAAAGCGACGAGGCUGGCGAGGCCACCUGCUUGCGGGUGGCACCAGUGAGCGGGGUGCAGUUGUGGGCCAAGCCGAUGAGCAACAGCAGCGCGGCAGUGCUACUGCGGAUCCACAAGCUUCACGUGUGAGCCGGGCCAAUGUCUCGCGCGUGAUGUUUGGGCACGGAGGAGUUUCCCGGUGUCUUCCGCAACGCUCCGGCUUCACUUCAAACCUUGGGCGAGCACAUUUUACAUUUUGACUUCUGACUUGGAGGCUAUUUCAGUUUGAAUUAUUUCCCAAAAUCCAGCCAGAUUCCUGGGCCUGGGCUGCCUGGGCCCAGUCAUAAGACUCGAUGAGACUUGAAAUUGCCUGACCCGAAAAAGGGGUCAGGGUCCUUCAGCUGGUGGAGAGGUCCUUAAUGCCAUGUCGUACAGCCUUUUUGGCACCAGGGCCUUGGAAGCAUCUCGAAUCUCCAGCACAGCCACAGCAAUCUCCCAACUGGCGCAGAAGACGCCGAGUAGCGAAGCGAAGGAUUUGACGAACUGGUGGCUGAAAAAGACGACUGGUGGCUGGGCCUUGGAGACCCUGGGCGCUGGCAAACGCGCAGAGGCUGGCGUCGGAAAUGGGAUGCAAUGUAACAAAUACCUGAC